GUCCUCGUAGCCACUGGAAUCGCCAGACUUUGGGGAGCCGGCCGAAAUACGUGGAGGUAUAUACACUGACGUUUCGACCUCGAAGAUACGACAAGGUUUAGCAUUUCUAAGAUAACAGCCCACCCAUGCUAAGCCAUGUCAAUCGAAGCCCUCCAUUCACGGCAUUCACCAAAGCGGCGGAAACUCAGCCAUAGCUCCAGCACCGACGCGGAAGAUCCUUCGAGACUUGCUGAUGACACCUCGUUGCAGACUCUCGGAAAUAGAAAAGCAAGCCAAACUAUCAAGAUAGCUGGCACACCCUCGAACAAAACCGGCAGCCAACACGCCACAAUGCCUACAGGCGGAAUCAACAAAUCGUCCAUCCUCGCAUUACAGGUCGCAGAUCUGAACACUGAAGUCACUCCGAACUACGACAGACUCCAAGCGAAAUGGACUAUGAUUUCCAAUCGACUCCAAACCAUCAUCAAGCAGAUGCCGUCACGUGCCCCAGUCACUGCGCUCGAUGCGCUCAAGGCUUUCCGUAAACAAGGAAUUAGGAUCCCUUUCACCGAACCAGUCCCCUCGAAAGAAACCAACUACAAAUUCGAAUUUCAAGCACCGAAGGAAAUUGUGGUUGGAGGAGCGCUGCCAUGGGGCUUAAGCGUCAAAGGCGAUAAUGCGGUACAGCUUACCGCCAUCAUGCCAGAAGAACUUCUUCAAGAAAAGGACUAUCUCAACAACAGGGGCCCUCACAAAGCUGCCUUCUAUCUGGCAUGUAUUGCAGCAGCGAUCAAGGAGCACGCCAGCUCGGAUAUCGACUUGGUUUUUGCUCAUUUGAAUGAUGUGGAUUCCUCACCUACCCUUGAAGCGAUUCCCAAAGACAAAGCCCUGUCGAAGUUCAAGUUUCAGAUCAGCGUCGGCUUCCCUGACGAAGCUAUACCCAUUUCGAAAACAUUACCAACGAAGAGCUGUCUCAGGAAGAAUGCUAACGGCGACGCUGCAAGCAGUGACUUGCCCACACCGUUCUACAAUAGCAGCAUUCGUCAUGCAGCAUCGAUGGCCGGCUUUGAAAAAAUUAUACAAUCGGCAAGGAGUCCAUCCUAUGACGAAGCAUGCCGCAUCGGACAGAUUUGGUUGAAGCAGCGAGGCUUUUCAAGCCUGGUCUCUUCUGGCGGCUUUGGUUUCUUUGAGUGGGCCCUGAUGUGCGCCCUUUUUCUUCAGACAGGGGGGCACCGUGCCCAUCCAUUGUUUUCCAAGCAGUACAACAAUCUCCAGUUCUUCAAGGCAAUGCUUCAAAUUCUCGCGGGCAGAGAUCUACGAGAUCCCAUGAUUCUGUAUGGCGCGAACAUUGACAUACCACGCUCAGAGUCGCCAGUUCUGUAUGAUGCGAGUACCGGGGUGAAUAUGCUUUACAAAAUGACUCCCUGGUCGUAUCAAUCUCUCCGACACCAUGCGCAAGUCUCUCUAGCAGCCAUCAACGCCCGGAAUCAGGAUAAUUUUGACGCAACUUUCAUGCUCAACGUCGCUUUGCCGGUCAUGCAAUACGACGAGGUCUUCCAUGUCACGAUUCCAGCAAAAGCCUUUGCCACGCCCGUUGAGCAGCGGCAAUAUCUCCUGAAAAUGCACAGCACUCUCGUCCAAGGUCUCGGCGAUAGGGUCUCACUCGUCGAUCUCAAGUUACCACCAGGCACGAGCUGGCCGCUCAACUCAGGGCCGACGCUCUUGGACAAAGAUUUUGAGCUCGAGGUCACUCUCCUCACCAAUCCCGAUACCGCCACACGCCUUGUCGACCACGGUCCUUCCGCCGACGAACAAGACGAGGCCGCCGAGUUUCGCAAGUUUUGGGGCGAAAAGGCCGAACUUCGCCGCUUCAAGGAUGGGAGCAUAUCUGAGGCCCUAGUCUGGACGUCUGGGACUCCCGUGACACUGCAGAUCAUCACUCACCUUCUCAUGCUUCAUUUCGAGCUACCACCGAGCUCUACAAGCUCGAAAACACCCGACCUCGAAGCCACCAUGCUCUCAUCCGACUCGGCCCUCAGCGCAAAGGACGCAUUCCGUCUGAUCGACACGACCUUUCAGACUCUAACUUCGACACUGCACAACCUCGACGGCCUGCCCCUACCGAUCCGCUCUAUCUUCCCCACAGACCCUGCGCUGCGAUCAGCCAGUGUGGGUAACCCCUUACUUCCGUCCAUAGCCAAGCCGAUAGACUUUCUGAUACAGUUCGACUCGUCGACGCGCUGGCCCGACUCUCUCCCCGCAAUCCAGCACACGAAAAUCGCAUUCCUGCUCAAACUCGGCGAACUCCUGACCGCACAGGACCCGAGUCUCCAGACGCGCGUGGGAUUGGAGAACACCACUUCCGCGACGACAGGGUAUUUGAACACGUCCUUUUUGGACGUGAUCUACCCUGCUGCGAGACCUGGUCUGAGCCCGAUGUGUUUCCGCGCCAGGAUCCAUCACGAGCGCGAGGAGUACCUUCUCCAGGCGGCGCUGGGGGACAAGUCCCUGCACGGUGCUGUGAGAGAUGACCUUGCGGCUGCAUUGGCCGUGUAUAAGCGGGAGUUUGUCGCGAAGUCGACACAUACGAGCGCAAUACGGAGCUUGUGCAGUCGCUUCGCACCGUUGUCCGGGACAAUAAGGUUGUUGAAAAGAUGGGUCGCGAGGCAUUUGUUGCUUGGGGGUGGGCAUGUACCGGAGGAAGUUUUGGAAAUUGUGGCGAGUAGUGUGUUUGUCAACCCCGUGCCGUGGAGUGUGCCGGGGAGUAGCACAACCGGGUUUUUGAGGUGUCUAAGUCUGCUCGCGCGUUGGGACUGGAAUGCAGCCCCUUUGGUCGUGGAUUUGGGGCUGGCGCAGGACUGGAGCACGGAGAUGGUCGGAGAGGUGAAAACUAGAUUCGAGGCGUGGAGAAAAUUGGAUCCCGUCAUGAACAAUGUGGUGUGGUUUAUAGGGACCAGUAUCGACGGGACCGGGGUGGUGUGGACGCAGAGGGCACGUCCCGCGAGGGUGGUAGCCGGACGGGUGAGUGCGUUGGCGAGGGCCGCGGUAGAGAUGCUGGAGAGUAAGGGAACGGGCAUGAGCGAAGCCGAUUGGGCUGGAUUGUUCAAUAGUCCGCUUGGGGACUUUGACUUUGUCAUUCAUAUUCGGCCGGGGCUGGUUAAGGGCCGUCGUGAAGGGAAGAAGGCGAAGGGGGCGCUGGUGAAUGGCACGGCCGAGUUCAAGAAUUUGCAGAUCGCCGAGUCUUUGGAUGUUGAGAGUAUUGGGGUUGAUCCUGUGGAGUUGUUCGUGCAGGAUCUGAACCAUGCAUUCGGAGCGAGUGCCCUGUUCUUCUAUGAUAGGCAUGGAGGCAAGGCUAUCGCAGGGCUGUGGAAGCCGAGUGUGCUGGGGCGAAGGGAGUGGCGUGUCAGGUUGGGAUGGUCGAGUGUGCCUGUGCCGGCUGAAAAGGACAAUGAGAAGGAGGAGGGCAAGGACAUAUGCGUCUUCAACAAGGAGGGCGUGCUUGCUGAGAUUGCCACGCUGGGAGAAGGGAUUGUCAAGAACAUUACUACGAAGGAGUGAACGGAGGUUGUUGAGAAAAUCCAUUUUCUCAAUACUGGCAUCUCCGUACCGUUUGAUCAGAUAUUGAUACCCAGAUAUCUACACAACGUUCCGGGAAUCGUUCCCAAAGCC